GAUGUCGUAAACCUCCAUUUUACGGUCAAACUGUCGUCAAAUCGAGAAGCGCAGAGUAAAGAUCAGGAAAUGUUGGUCCGUUUCUUCAUGAUGAAUGUGUCACGUGGCAGGCACUGCAAGAGAGCGGCUCCAAUGCAAGGGAAUUUGAUUUUUUUUGUUUGACGGCCACGGCAGCUACAUGGCGGCUACUGAUCAUUACCAACAAUCGACGUAUCUUCGUUACAGUUGUAAUGAGGGAACGGACUCAACGUGGCCUGGCAUUCAGUUUAGCAAUUCAAACAAUCUCAUUGUGAACGGCAUGUUUACUGAACCCGGUGAAACAACAGAAAUUGCAACAGUCUUUUGUAGUCAAUUGGAUCAGUGUAAUUUGUUUCAGAAUUGGGUGGUUGGGCAAUUGAACUUUACAACUUUGUUUCCCAAGAAAUGUGAACCGUCUGACUAUAAGGAUUGGGUGCCACUGGAAGAAGUCGGCUGUUUGUCUGUGUAUUCUGUUGUGUUUUUGUGCGUGUCUGUCUGUUUGUCUGUCUGUCUGUCUGUUUGUUGUCUGUAUGUAUGUAUGUCUUCUGUUUGUCUACUUGUCUGUUUGUCUGUCUGUCUAUCUGUGUGUCUGUCUGUCUGUUUGUCUGUCUGUUUGUUUGUCUGUCUGUUUGUGUGUUUGUUUGUCUGUCUUCUGUCUGUCUGUUUGUCUGUGUUUGUUGUGUGUCUGUGCUCAUGUGAUGGUCGUUUCUUUGUAAGUAAACAAUGUGAUGUGUCUUCUUGGUCAACGUUCUUUCUAUCAGCGUCGUAUAACCGAUCAUUGUUGCUACAAUGGACGAGAGUACGUACGACCGGAAAAACAGUUGUACUGUAAUUGUACAAGAGAAGACUAUGAAUGUGACUACGGAUACAUUCUAAGUUCAACGACAGCAGACAAAUGCAUCGAAUCCAAACGCAUCACAACGUACAAUCCAAAGAACCACUGCACCGAAGGCGAGACGAUCAGCAUAACUCAAGGAUAUGGUAAGGUGUCAGGUGAUGUAUGCAGAGGUGGAGAAACGAGUCAAUGGGCUAUGAAACAAGAGAAAUCUCGUGGCGAGUUGACGUUGGAGUCUGAUAUUGAAGGCAGUGGAGUUGCCAUCGGACGACAAGUACAUUUUACAUUGAGACAAAAAAAGGGUUUCUUUCGAGAUAUCAAGUACGUGUGCUCGUUUGGUGACAAAUCUCAACUCGUCUCAACUCUUCAUGUCGAUAACUUCCCUUUAGUUAAGAAUCACUCGUACUCGACAGCUGGUAGCUACAACGUGACGGUGAAUGCCAGCAAUAGUGUUGGGUUGUCAACCGUGCAACUAGUGGUGACAGUCUACGACGUCAUAUCAACCUUGAAUAUUAUCUCUCCUCACGCCGUUUUACCAACCGACAACGUCACUUUCAUCUGCCAGCCAACAGGCAACACACUCGCACCAAUACAUUACGAAUGGAAGUUUGGAAACGACGACGCAUCGUUCACACUGACACGAAAUCGCACCAUACAUCACGUGUUCGGAUCGACUGGAAAGUUUCUCAUCUCGGUGACUGCAUACAAUCCCGUGUGGACAAAGUCAUCACAUGUUUACGUUUCAGUCUACAGUGCAGUACAGACGUUGUGCCUCGGUUUCAGUCGUUGCGCUGUCAAGGAAAGAGCUACGCUUGAUGAUUUGGAUAGUCUGAUGGCUGAUAGUUUGGUUAAUGUGGUUGCACAGGUGACUGGAUAUGAUACGAGUCGAUUUGAAGCAUUUGUGGUCUACCCUCCUGCAUCAGAUCAAGUUGAAGCCAAUUUAUCUGUAGUCGCCAACAACAAGGAUGAAGGAAGUGACAUUGAAACAAUUUUGCAGUGGGUGAAAUAUGCUGUGGAUGCACACAAAAUCACUGUGGUGUUGACACCACAAAGUUCACAAAUCGAAGGAAGUUCACUGAUCGAAGAAAUUUCAUUACAAGAAGUGAUUGUAAAUCCUCGUAUCCAACCAUCAUCUGCCAAACAUGUCAAUAGUGUUGGUGGUAGAACCAUUGGCAUCAUCAUCAUCACCAUAUUGGCUGUACUCAUCAUCAUCAUAUCCAUCAUAUUUGGCAUGUGGUACAGACAACGUUACUCAAGACUUGAGAACUCAUACUUUAGAUUGAAUCAAGACAGGAAUGUUCACCUUACAUUAGAUGAAGACGACAGCGACGACGACUCUCCUCUUGCACUUGCAAGGAGCCACGAUGAUACGAAAGCAACAAACAAUGAUGAUGAUGAUGAAGACGAUGAUAAACUGCUGAAUGACGUGUAAAUAACUGUUACAUUUACUAGAAAUGCAAUGAGUGUGUCCAUAAGGAUUAUUGUAUGUAUCUGCUGGGUUAGCUGUUUAGAGUUAGAUCUUCUGUAUGUGCUCACUGUGUGUUGCUGUUCAAACAUGAUUAAUUAAUUAACACAAACUUAGAAAACCAAAACUCAUAACUUAGCUGGAGUGACAUUAUAACAUAAACUGUUGUUGUGCACUGACAGUCAAAUGUGUAGUAACACCUGAAUAUGAUAAAAGUUUAAAGAAAAGAUGCAGAAAUUUA